UAAAAAAAUACAUAUUUCUCCGUUACACUCUUCAACAAUCAAGAAUCAAGAAUCAAGAACAAGAACAAAUAUUUUCCCCAAAUUUUUACAUACCCAGAUUAACCCAUUGCUUCUUGAGGUGGAACUCAUUGGUAGAAAUGUGUGGCGGUGCGAUCAUCUCCGAUUUCAUAGCACCUACGGCGAACCGGUCUCGCCGGCUGACCACCGACCUUUUGCGGAAGACUGAGUUUGUAAAGAACCCUAGCAAAUGCUACUCGAAGCCCAUACGAUCUGAGAUCUUUGAUGUUGAAGAUGAGUUUGAGGCUGCUUUUCAAGGAUUUAAGGACGAAAUCGAAGCCGAAGUUGUGGAGCAUUUUGUUAGCCCUUCAAAUUUGUCUGUCUCCAAAGGCUCUGGCUCAAAACCUGUGAAGUCCGAUAAUGAACCUGAGAAAUCAAGUUCAAGGAAAAGGAAAAACCAGUACAGAGGGAUCCGUCAACGCCCAUGGGGCAAAUGGGCCGCAGAGAUCCGUGACCCGAGGAAAGGCGUUCGUGUGUGGCUUGGAACUUUUAAUACUGCUGAAGAAGCCGCUAGGGCUUAUGAUGAAGAGGCAAGAAGGAUCCGAGGGAAGAAGGCAAAGGUUAACUUCCCAUUAGAAGAGAAACCAGAAGUUAACCCUAUUGCUGCUGCUACUACUAUGGGGAUUAAACCCAAACCAUUUACUCCAUCUGAGAGUGCAGCUGCUGUCUUUCACUUCAAUUCUGAUCAGGGGAGCAACUCUUUUGGUUGUUCUGACUUUGGUUGGGGGGAGCAUUGUGUAAUGACUCCUGAUAUUACAUCUGUUUUCUCAGAGGUUGAUGAUGUGAAUCCUGCUAAAAAACCUGAAAAGCUCAAGAUGGUGGAAAUGCAGUUGAUCUUUGGAGCUUUAAUGAUCUUCCUGUCAUUAUGGAUGGAUCUUUCUAAUCAACUAUGUAUUUGUUGGCGAAUGGAUAAAGCAUGCUUAAGCCUUUGAAUGGUGUAUCAGUUUGCUUCGGUUCUAUGCAGAGUAUAUAGCGUAACAGUGAGGUUUAUUGAGAUUGUAAGACCUUAAUCCAAUAUUUCUAUUGCUUAUAUCUGUAUGGAUGUCAUCUUUUAAACACCGAUGCUUGUUUUGCUUCAAAAUGGUGUGGAUUUUCUUGGGGUUAUGAGC